UUCAUGCAAGCCGAGAGGAGAAUCUUGUUUUGGUGUAUUUAUUGUCUUGAUGUGUAUUCCUCGCUUAAUCUUGGUAUCCCGAGACUUCUCAAGGAUUAUGAGAUUGAGUGUGCCAUGCCGUUUGCAGGUAAGAAUGGUGAUGAUGACGACGACGACAAUGUCAAUAUUCUUAUUGUCAACAAUACAGCUUUGUCUAUUGUUGGUAAAGUGCUGAGAUUUUCGUUGAGUGUGAUGCUUUAUUGUAAAGUACUUGCUACCAUACUUGAUUCGAUUUAUUCCAGAUUUGAAACUGGCGAUAUUCAGCGAAAGGCAGUCACUCGUGAUCGGACUUUGGAUUGUUGGAGACGUGAUCUUCCUGCGGACCUUAAGUUUGAAAUGGAUAUUAACGGAUUGUCUUUGAAAGAUGGUCAGAAUCAUUAUAUUGACGAGAACAGUUUGUGGCAGAACUACAACAAGCAACAACUCACGUUGAUUUUCCUUUACUACCAUGCCAAGAUCUUGAUUUAUCUUCCGAUUAUCUCAAAGUAUGGAAACCACCACGAUGUUGGGCUUUCUCAAAAGGAACAACUUGCCAAGCAGAGUGAAAUGGCAGAUGGACAUGACGGGCUAGGUCCCAACACCGCGGUUGUGUCUAGUGUAAGUCUUAUCCAGCAAUCUACCAUUCAGAUCUUGGAGGUAUUAAAGUGUAUUUCCAACAACAUUCAAUCUACAAUCUUACCUAUCCCAAUUAACAUCACGCGUGAACAAUCAUUGUUUGCAUUACUUGUGGCCAAGGGUACACUUGAUUAUAUCAAGGGUGGGCCUCUUUUCAACAAACUGAAACAAUUGCUUCUUGACACCAUCCAAAACAUGAGUAUUGAGCUGAGAAUCGAUGUCCCUGGUGGACUUCACAAGAACUCCUUCCGAUUACUCGAGCUUGCAUUAUUGAGUAUCUUAAACAUGAGCAAGUCAACUCGUCGCAAGAUCCUGCCUCAUCAAUUACCUAUCACCAAAACCGCAGUGGAGCGAGACCCACGAAAUUUCCGCAAUGGCAAUAGUGGUGUGUCUUAUCUGCAACAAAUCCCACAACAACAGCAGCAGCAGCAACAACAACAACAACAACAACUGGUUCACGCCACCCUCCCUAGUCAGCCACUUCCUGUGCAGCCAGUGCAUUAUUCCAAUUUGGACAUGUCGAAUUUCAGCGAUAUUCUCGAUACCGAUUUGGACAAUUUGGAAAGCAUACUCCAGUUUGAUCCAUACAAGGUUAACUUGAGCCUGCUGGUUGUAGGUGAGUUUGCUGCGGAUGGGUCCUUGGGGUUGGUUCCUUUCUUGGACAUGACUGAUCUGGUAAUGCUGGAUGAUAAGUUUACUGGGUGAUCUAUAUACUAUGUAUUAUUAUGUACUUCAAUUGAUUUUACUACUGUAUCUCCCGUCC